GGACGCCCGGCCGGUACCGAACACUCCGACGCCAAAAGCCGGACGGUCCUCUAUACGAUACCCGCAGUUGGAGCACACGGCGGUCGACAUCAGGUUACAUAGGGAACGUCCGUUUUUCGUCGCCGGUUUUGAUACGUGAUUUUAGGUCGAAAAAAAAAUUAACUAUAUAAUAUAUAUUAUAUUGUUGAUGGUUUUGUUUUUCUUCACGAUAUCCGGACGAUCACCGCGACGACACCCGAGUCCCAGAGUACGAUAAAACGUCGACCGUCCGACAUACCUUCGAUUUUGAGUUUUUACUAAGAUUUAACCGGUAACCGUAAUAUUAUAAUAUUAUCAACAUCAUCAUGCGAGCUGCAGUGUCCGUAUUGUUUUUGUUGGCCGCCUUGUUCGCCUGUACCGCCGUCGGCCAACCGGUCAAAAGCAGCAGAUUGGGUAAACAUUUUUGCACACUAUUCUUAACAAAAACAAAAAAAAAAAAAAUCCAAAAUUUAAAUUUCGAUCGUCGUUUCCACUUAUAUAAUCCGUGGAACAAAAUUUCCGAAACCAUAGACAAAAGUCGAUAUGCCAAUGAUCAAAUUUUUGGUGACAAUUUGGAACCAAAAUUAUACAGGUACAUCGAAUGAGCCUUUAUAAUAAACUGUAUAAUAGUAUUCGAUUUCAUAAUUUAUUUUCGAUAUUAUAAUGCGCAGCAUCGUAUAUAACGCAGUAAAGUAAAAGUGUGUACAAUUUACUACUGGAUGUUUUCCGUUUAAAAUAUUUAAAAAAAUAUUACAGUCUGCAUCACUCUUGUUUCCUGGAUAUUUCGAUCCUAUCAUUUUAUUAGAUUAGGAACCUAACCUAAUCUAAUAAAACGUUUUAUCGUUUUACAAUUUUUCGAAACGUAAUAUUUUUCACGGGCCUGUAGAUGUGAUCGAAACAUUUAGAAUAGCAUAAAAGGUUUAAAAUCUAUAUCAUAUAUACUAUCAUCAUCAUUCCUAGCUUAAUGGUUCAGGUUUAGGACCUGCGUUGCUACUAGUAAACCUUUCUAUUUUUCUCUUACCAAAGUCCAAUCAAACGUUGCACUCCCAUCUAUCAGUCUCACAUUCUUUUCUACGGUAUCUUUCUAUCUUGUUCUUGAUCUUCCAAGUGGACGUUUAAUAUUUAUUUUUCUUAUCGGAACAUUCUUUAAUAUAUCCAUCAGCUCUACACGCGUGUCCCAGCAACUAUAGACGUUUAUAUCUUAUGAUAUAUGUGAGUAUAUUGGUUUUUUCAUUUAGGCCAUACAGCUUUUCAUUAUGUCAUUUUCAUAUAUUCUUCUUACACUGGUCAAUAGAUAUUUCUUAAGAUGUUCUUUUCCUAUAAUAUAGCAAGUUUUUUAUUGUCUUUUUUGUUGUGGACCAAGUCUCACAUAUAUAAUAUCAAUAGUAAAUAAGCUAGAAACGAAUAUAAUAAUAUCAUAUAAAUAAUAUUAAUAGUUUAACUAGAAAUAAUAUACAUUUGAUAGCGUCCAUUCUAAAUAAUAGCUCAAUUAUAAUUAUAGUUUUAAUAAAUUGUUAUGAAAUAUGUGUGACAAUGAUUUCGAUAAGAUUAUAUUGCCAACCAGAGACACUGCAGGUUCGUGUUGUACAUUGACUACAGUCCCGAUUCGUACAUAGAAUACUCCGGUUUUAUAUUAUAGUGAAGCACUCUUCUGUUUUGGAAAACAAGUACGAACAACGUCAACGUGUUUGUUUUCAAAAUAUGUUCAAGACCGUUCAAUCAAACUCUAGUCGGAUUUUGAACACGAAUUUCUAUCCCCCCCCCUUUCAUAUAUAAACUGUAAACAAAUCCACCUGUUCGGUAUUAAAAGUACAGAAAAAUUCUGCAAAACGGGGGAAAAAUGUCGUCUUCGAUACGGAUUAAAACUAUUCAAUACAAACUAAGUUCACGUAGCAAAAACAAAAAAAAAAAAAAAAAAGAAAAGAAUCAUUGGUAUUAUCGACCAUCGAAUGGUUUCCGAUAUUUUAAAAAACGCAAAUAGAUCUAUUGUUUCAGAAAAGAAAUGAUUAUAAAUAUUUAUCUGAGACAUUUUAUAUGCCUAAUGUAAGUACAGUCGGAUUACGCAUUCCGAAGACAAACCGACGACUUCAAAAAUGAUAAAAACGUAAAAUGGGAUAGUGAUGCUUACCGAAAAAUAAAAUAAAAUAUUUGAGUAUAUGUAUAAAAAAAAUCGUUCUGUUGACAAAGGUUUUGUUAGAUUCGCGUCGGAAUUUAAUAGAUACGUCGGACAUUUCUUUUGUUCAUGUUUUGUAUGCAAUACGCUUCGGGGUUUUACUAUCUUUAUUUUUUAAACACGCUACGUAAAUAAAUACAAUUAUGAUUAAAUUAUUGUGUUGUUUAUAUCGUUUCAGGCAAGUACGUAACUUUGUGCAGGGUUUCAGACGCUGAACUAGAUAAAUGCAUGGUCAAGGCCAUUCAGGACCUUUUGAAAUAUUCUAAAACAGGUAAAUAAUAAGAAUUCGUGUCCUCUAAAGUUAUCUUAAACUUAUAUUAUUUAUCGUUUUUACAUCAAUUCAUACCACACGCAUUCACAUCUGUUCAAAACGUAUACUCCGAUCGAUAAAUCUUUAAAAAUAAAAAAAAAAUUGAAAUACUUGUUAUGUAUUUUUUAAUUUAUUCAGUGUGUUGUAUCGGCGAUUUUAUUUCCUAUGUAAUAUAUUAUAUAUUAUUAUUAUAAUAAUAUUUUAUUAACAAUCUAUGUCUCGUGUAUGCAUGCAUAUAUUAGGUAUACCCGAACUUCGUAUACCUCCAUUCGAACCGUUCGUCAUUGAAGAGUUGGAUUUAAAAAUAUUCCAAGGUCUAGGUGACUCUUUAUUCGGUAGGAAUAUCCAGAGAAACGAAAAAUCUAGGUCGUUCGCGCGCAAUUUAAUCGCUCAUCAUUCUUCGGAGUUCAUUAUGCACAGCCUCAAGUGAGUAAAAAAUUUUAAAAUUUAAAAAAAAAAGACAUAAUAAUGUAAUACUCUUUUGCACAGUUAAAUUAAAUCGAUUUGGUAUAUUAAUAUGUUUUUUCAGAGCGGACAUUGAAAAGAAACAAUUUUACAUCGACAUGUCUUUCCCGAAACUGAACAUAGAGGGCGAGUACGACGUGAACACGCAAAUGUUCAACAUACCGAUCAAGAGUACGGGACCGGUAUUCAUAAAUGCCAGUGCGUAUACAAUAAUUACAAAUUAUUUUUUCAAAAAUUACGCAUAGUCCAACAUUUUUUUUUUGUGACGAUCAUCAUCUAAAAUAAUCGUUUAGAAGUUUGAAAUAUUGAUCGUAAGUAUUCAAAAACAUUUUUGGAUGUCUACCUUUAGUAGAAAUAAUUUAUAUCCGGCAGGCAAGGACGAAUCGCUCAUCGAUUCUCGUGAUUACACCGAUUUGUUUGAACGUGUAGAUAUUGGGAAUAAUUUAGUCGCCGUAUUAUAUAGGUACUCGAAUACAUUUAAGUUAAAACCUUAAUCGCUAUUUAGUCGUUUAGUCGUAAAAUUGAUUCGUUAUUUAUUGUUCAUACCUAGGUAUUAUAUAGGUGAUUCAUUCAAAUAUUUCUAACCGAUUAUGGUGGCACUGCAGACAUUGUAUAAAUAAUAAUAUUAUUGUAAAAUAAUAGAUGUGCCGUAAAUCGUAAUAAUCGUUUAACUCAUAAAAAUAUCGUUAUAUUCUCGAAGCAUCGAAUUCUUCUCGAAAAGAAUCGAUCGGUAAUAGUAUAGUAAUUAUGAAGUUUGGAUUGAGAAAUCGUCUUCAAAAUAUUGACCGAAAAAUAAUUUGGUAGAAAUUUGAAAACAUUACAAGUAUACUUAAAAAAAAAAAAAGAGCCGAUACUGGCCGGUGAUGGAUGCGCAACUGUUUUAGGUAAACAAUUAGGAAAGGUACAUUAAGUUAUUUUAUUUAUAUCUGUAAGCGACUAUAGACCAUUGCUAAUAAAAAACGAUUACUAUUUUACAGUGAAGUUCGUUUAUACAUGAUUUGAAAGGCUGUAAUAUUUGAGAUGUUCAUCAAAAUUUGAUCUCAAAACCAUUAUGAAAAAAAAAAUUACUCAUUAGACUUACUUUUUUUUUUUUUACCAUUAAGUACAGCAGGUAAUAAAACUCCUGUUAAAUUUGCCAACAUUUAUGUCGGUCAAACAAUUAUAUCCACAAUUCCAGAUAGUACCUGCCAAAUAAAAACUAUGUACAAAAAUCGCAAACAUAAAAUAUCUAUAAAAAGCUCAAAAAUCAUCAAAAUGUUUUGAAAAUUGUACUAUGUCUAGAAAAACUAAAUAUGAGUUUUCUGCCAAAAUUUAUAGUAUCUUCGAAUAUUUUUAAUUAAAUUAUAUUCAAAGAAUAUAAUUGAAACAUAAAAAAGCACGAUUUCCGUAAACUUUUCCAUUCUUUCUAAGUUUUUUCCGGUUUUGCCAUUUAAUAAAAAAACUACACGAAAAAUCAACAAGCUUCCUACUCACUAACUAGAUUAAAAAUGUAAAAAAAAAGUCACUUGUUGUUUUUCUAUGUAAGUAAUAUUUUUGGUACAAAACAUAAACCAUACAAAUUUAAAAUAAAGGGAUAAUAAUGCCGUAAAAUUGUCAGUUUUCAUUUUACUCUUUUUUAGUUUUUUAGUUUGCCACAGUUAUUAUGAAAACUGCUUAGGAAUCAAAAAAAGACUUAACUACUCCGCAACUAGAUCCAAAAUGCAACAAAAAAAGUCUUAUGUCGUUAGAUUAAAGCAGUAUUUCUGUUAAAAUCAUAGUUCGUCAAAACUAAAAACCAUGAACACUAUCUGUAACGCUGUGAUCACCAUAAAUAUUUAUCAUUUUUCCUAGAAUUUUAUUUCCGGGUUUUCCCAAUUAUUUUAAAAACCCCUUGGAAAAUCAAAAAAUUAUCUCAUUAAUGCACCAAAUUGAUCUAAAAUAUAACAAACACAAAAAAAAACACCCAUAUCAUAGUAAAACGAAUAGACAUCACGCUCCAUUCCGAAUCUAAAAUUCUCGAAAUAAACUCGAAUAGUUCAAAUAGGCACAGGAUGCGCGAAAACUCGGAAUAUCGGAUCAAUUCGAUCAUUGGGUCACUUUAUGGUUUUUAUUUUAUUCAAACAAGAGGAUGAAAAAACGGACAAAAUUCACCCGAAAAUUGUGUACUUCUCAAUUUAUUUCAGAAGUGACGGCUUCUAAAUUUUCGACCUUGUUUAUCGGUGUCGGAUCACAAUAAUAAUACAGGAACAGGUUGUAAUAUAUUACCUAAAAAUCAAAGUUAAAACAAUACAAAACCGCACAAAUUAUUAUGUAUCGGCAAUGAGCCGAGUUUUUUUUUUUAAUUACACCACUUCCACUAAAAAUUAAACGAUAGCUAAUUAAUAUGACUAGCUAACUACUGUUCAAACUAUUCAUCUCGAUGGCUAAUUAUUUUUAAGAGACGAUUCUGGAUGUUAAAUUAGAUUUUUUAUGAAUUUAUCGACUAACCGCAAGGGGAGAAUAAUAAUUAAUUGUUUGAAAGGGUUGUGAGCGUUUUUUCAAAUUUUCUCUAAUUUUGUAAGAUUUGAUAAUGAUUUUAUUACUUUUGGUAACUAAUGGCUAACUAAUUUUAUAACUAAUGGCCUUUUAAUGAUAACAUUUUCCAUUAAUCUAUUGAUAUUUAUAGAUAACCAUCCAUUUAAGAGGAGGGGUACGGUCCUUUAUACGGACGAAUAUGACGUUUUAGACUAAUAAGCUGAAGUAAAAUUCACUCACUAUCGCUUACCCAAUAUUAAUUUUAAAAACAUAUUUGAAUUCUUUGAUUCUGAGAAACAUUCGUUAAUUUUAUUUUUAUUUAGUUAAUUUAGUAACUACAUAACGAGUUGCCUUUUUUUCUUUAACUAAACUCGUACUUGACAGUGUCACAAAAACAAAAAUAUUUUUUCUAUAAAACACAAAAAAAAGAAGUAUAAGUAUAUGACGUCAAAUCAUUUUUCAAAAUAUAAAUUGAACUACUUUAAGUAUGUUUAUUUUUCUCCAGCUUAUUGGUCUAAAUAUAUGAAAAAACCAUUAGCUUUUAACUGUCUUAACGCAGUAGUAUAAAAAACAAUUCAUUCAUCGAAUUCCCCAGUAUAAAUACACCGCGGAAAAUAAAUAACAAUCGGAUGACCUUCGUCUCACACUCAUAUUACUAUAUUACUAUAUUUAUUUUAUCUUUAUAUACAACUUAGUACAAGUUUAAAUUCUUCAUAACUAACAAAAAUAUAUAAAUAAUUUAUUCUUCCUCUUCGUCAUUUGACAUUAUCCCACAUCCUAUACACGUAUUUCCAUCAUCCUAUAUCCAUCAUCUAUAUAAUUUUUAUAAAAAAAAUCAAUAACAAUAUUCCAUAUAUUCUACUUGGAUGAAUUCUAGUCAAACAUAUUUUCAGGUCUUCCUCUGAUUUUGAUUUUCAUCUAAAAUCUGGCCCCUAUCUUUUGAUUUUUUGGACCGUUACCAUUUUUCAUUCUCUUAACAUAAUGCCUAUACCAUAAUAAUUCUUUCUCAAUUUCGCUGCUAUACUCGUUAUUCGAUAUUAGGUUAACUCGUAUGUAAUCAUUCUUAGAAUCCUAUAACAUAUCACAAUUCCACUCAUCUUAACAAUUUAUUUAUUUAAAAAAAAAAACCACCAAGCAUAAUUCUCGGGCUGUCCCAGUAAUAACAAUAAAUUUAGCAAAGUUUUCCAUUUAUUUAAUACGAAAACUAAUUUAUUAACUAUACAAUGUACAAUAUUAUUAAUAUUAAUACUGCCUAUACUAAUAUUAUUUCUAUGCUUAUUAUUAAUUUACUACAAUUUUAUUACGCACAAUUCGAAACGGUCGGCGAUAACUAUUAAUUAAUGGUCAUUAUGUAAGGAAAAACACAUAUAAUUGUUGACGUAUUGUAUCGUGAUUUUAAAUUUUGACUCUCAAAGCCAGUUUCAGACUCUACGUCUUUUACAAUUAACUGAAAAUCAAAAACUAAUGUUUUGUAGUGUGGUAAUUAGCUAAGUAACUACAGAAAUUAUGUAAAAACUGUAUCCAAUGAUUUUGAUUGCGCAUUUAUUUUAAAUUUCGGAUUCCAAAAAAAAAAGUGUCUCAGACAAAAUUUCCAUUUUGAAAUCGGCUCUAAUUUUGAUUUAAUUAGACAACGAAAUAAUUCGGGCCCGUUACAAACUUUAUAAACGAGAGCCACCGGGUUAUAUGUUAGAAUAAAUUAUUGCCAUUGUAAUUAUUUUGUUUGUAUGUCAAAUUGUUAGGUAAUUGUUUUCGUGUUAAUUAGAAUAUAGAAUAGUGGGGUUAGGCAAGGAGAAGUUAGCGAUUAUUCCGUUAUUAAAAUAAUUAUAAUAUUUAUGUAUCUAAAUAAAAUAAACAAACUGCUCAGUUCGAACAGUAAACCAGCUAGGUAAUUAUUAUUAUUAAAUUGUACAUAUCGCGAAAAUAAAAGUAAUAAUGUUGUUUUUAACACGAUCUUAUAUUAUUAUGUUUUUUUUUCAAUGCUAAUAUUAAUGCUAAUAAAAGAGUUAUGACUGUGGAGUCGUAAAGUAAAUACCUAUGAGACUUAACGAGUGAAUCACUGUAACCGGUGGUCCGUCACAAUUUAAGGAAAACAAAUUUCAAAAGACCACGGCACCCAGUUGAAAACCACUGGGUUGAAUGAUCGAAGAUUGUCUCUAUAUUUAUCCUUAUGGCUUAUAGUUUUUUUUUUAAAUCUGCAAAUGUGUUUAUUCCCAUGUCUUCCAUAACUUCAUAAACGGCGUCCUUGGCAUUCACUUUCCUGUUAAUAAUUGCUCCUUCGAUUAUAACUAUUACCCAAGCCUAUUCCUUGAAAAAUGGCCAGUCCAUUUCUUUCUCCUUUGUCUUGUUUGCUUAUGGAAACCGAAGCGCAUUUUCUAUUUUGACUUUUGCGUGUAAAUCGCACGAAAAACUUCUUCAUUCCUAUUAUUCUUUCUGUCCAUUAGAAUCUCAGAUUUGUUCUUCUACACCACAUCAAAAAAGUUUCAAUUAUCACUAUUGAUGUAGUGGUGUGAAUAAGGUGUUUUUUUUUUUUUUUAUAGAAAGCUUGUAUUGCUUGUGUUAUCCUAUAUACAAAAUGAUAUUAUUAUUGUGGUACUUAUAGUAAUUGUUUUCAUACGUGUAAACUAGCAUUUAGUUGAUUCGAUAAUAUUAUAAUUUCAUUCGCAUUGUGAAAAUAAUAUUAAACACGUAAUAUAGAGAAUCGUGUACAACAUCUGACCUUGAACCCGUAUUAAACCUUGGGUUAAUUACAUGAUAUCGAAGAAAAAAACGAAAAAAUAAAUGAGGAAAUAAAACGAUCCAAAGACCUGUCAAACGGUAAUUAAAAACGCUAACAUUCAAAAAAAUGUUGAGAAAGUAAGAUAUGCAGAGAUAUUCAAUUUAUAUCUAUAUACAAGGAUAACGUCUUCGAUAACUUUAAACUAAAUUACAAUAAAAAAAAAAAACAAAUUCGAAACUAAUGAAACCGUUCUUACCAUAAAUUUGUCCGUUUUUACUAUAACCUUUUUCCCAAUUAUUAAGAAACCUGCGAGGAAAAUAAAAAAUACACAAACUAGGUCCAAAAUUUAGGAGCAAACGUUUUGGCAAAAAAGUUGUUUACGGGCAGAAAAAAAAAUCGUACACAUCAAAGUAAACUAACGCAUUUUUUGCUAAGCUAAUCUGAAAAAGGUAUAUAAAUCAAAUAUAUUAAAUAUAAUAUGUAGUCUUUGUUAAUGCGCCAAAUACAUUAGGUGUAUAUUUUGUUUAAAUUUUAGACUUAGGCACCCACGGAAAAAGUAUUAGGGAGAGGCAGUGUCUUUUUUACUUACAAUCUUAUAUAAUAAUCCUUUUAUGACCAGGCUGGCAGGGAGCGGAGCAUAAAAAUGUUAAUAAAGUUUUAUAAAUUAUCUAAUUAUUUAAAUUACAUUUGAAAUGUUGAAGUCCAGGGGAGGCAGAUGCCCCGUCUUCCCCGCCAUCCGGGCGCCUAUGGUUUUGGAUGUUUUGGUGUUUUCCGUCCAGUUUUUAAAUUUGAAUUUCAACACAAAAGCUUUACAUUAAAUUACGUCGGUUUUUGGUAUUAUUAAUUAUAUUGUUUUAAAAAUAUACGCAAAUUAGUUUAUGUUUUGUUUAUGUUCAUGCAGUGUUAUUUGAAUCGUUUGAAUGCCAAGAUAUUUAUCGUUCGUAAUAAAUUAUAAUAAUUGCAAAAAUAUAUUAUUGGUACUGUUAUUACUCGUUUGGAUUAGAAAACGUCUUCGUGAAUAAAGAAUAUUGUUAUGCAUUUGUAUUUAUUAAAUAACAUGAUCAUUUUUGUUUUUAGCCGACAUCUCAGUAAAAGCAACGCUGAACGGUAAAACGAUUAAGAAAAAGGAAGAAACGUAUUUACUGUUUGACAGUAUCGAUAUCAAAGUAGACUUCAAGGAUUAUUCCGUUUUCAUUGAUAACGUGUUCAAGAAAGAUCAAAAUCUGAGUGAGUGAUGAUAAUAUUAUUAUAAUUCUUGUUCUUUAUUAAUUUGUUUGUCUAUAGACGCUCUUUAUGUAAAAACAAUACACGAAGUUAAUAGCUCAACUAAGGGAGGCUAAGCUCAUUCCUCAAUUCAACUUCAUAAAAUGCGUAAUCACAGUAGAAUAGCCAAAAUAUAUCAUAAUGACUAAGGGACUUCAUAAACCAAUUUUCUCGGCCUAAAUGAAGGGUCUAGGGAAAGAGAAUGUAGUCAUAAAUUGUAUUAAUAUUUACAUAUUUUACUUUUAAUAUGUUAUAUUAUUAUUUAUUACUAUUCGAUAGUACUCGCAGAUACCGACAUGUGCUAAAAGACACAAGAAACCGAACAAAUAGAUUAAUUAGAUUAGAUUAGAUUAUAUUCUUUCCUCAGACUCUUAAAAUAAAAACAAUGAAGUGAUAUGAGUGAAGGUUACUGAUUAGAUUAGGUAAGGUGUGGGGUUUUAGGAUUUAAAUUCCCCAUUUUUAAAUAUGUACUAAAGUAGAAAUAUUUGUUUAACUCCCGAUAUUCACUAUUAUUAAGUACAAUUGAUAAUUAACUAUGAUUAAAAAUAACUCUCCGUCUGGGAUCAUUUCAUUUUUUUCGCAAACAAAUCAGAGACUAUAUCUAUAUAAAUAUAUAUAUAGUUUUUCUUACGCGUACGGUAUUUUUUUUUUUUAUUAUUUUAGACAGAGCACUGAACGACAUGAUCAAGAAUCAAAAAACAGAACUCAGGAAAUUGAUGAUGCCGAUGAUUGAAGAAGUGGCCGGUAAAAUGGUACUUAACAUGGCCAAUCAGAUACUGAACGGUUUGCCGUACGAAGAGAUUUUCAUUACGGAUUAGAAAUUGUUAAGACGAAGUUACGCGUACAAAACCAGCCAGUCCUUCGUAAUAAUUUAUAUCUUAUAUCGAUUAUUUUUUUCUAUUUUUUUUUUUAAAAAAUGUUUCCCUGCUGAGGAGAAAACUAUACAACGAAUUGUGUGUGAGCAUCGUUGUAAUGAUUUUAUAUAUAUAUAUAUAUAUAUAACUGAUGGUUUUUUUUUAUAUAUUUUUGUACACUGUUAUUAUUAUUAUUAUUAUUAUUAUUAUCAUCGUUACCAAUAAUUAAUAUGAAAUCGCACGGUAUAUACCAACAAUUACCUAUACAUAUUUACCCGUUCAUCAUUCGAUAACAAAUAACAUUUGAUAUGAAUACAUUUUACGGACUUUUCGAAAAAGAAAAAUUGUAAACAAGACCCACCAGACAGAAUAACUCGUUCAUACGCAGAAUGAUAUCGAGUGAGCUAUCUCACCAGACAGGCGUAGAAUCUCCGUCGUAAUAAAAAUUCGGAAUGUCGACGUCAAGUAGGCACCGCAAAUUUGAGACAAAAAUAAAACCCCUUUCCUCCCAUACCUAAGAUUAGUGUAUAAGUUAUUACGGGCGAUAUUUAAAUUUAUAUUUUAUGUUCACGUCUUUCGCAUUUUUAGUACCAAUACAUUUGCAAUGUUCACAUGUUAUCACAUAAUAUUCAAACUUCGUCUAUAAAACUUUUUUUUUUUUUAAAUCUAUAACAUCACACCUUAGGUUAUUAAAACUGUGGGUUUGUUUUUAUAUUACAUAUUUAUAUAUUAGGAUUUAUGUAAUUAUAUGUAAUAAUAUUUUAAAAUGUAUUAUUUGUACGGAUUAUUUAACCUAACCUUUAUUAAUAUAUUAUAAUAUUUUGUAUACGAUAAA